AUGUCUUGCCCUUUCGGGUUUUCAGGGCCCAAGGUAUGCGACAGCGACUGUGAUGGAGAUGUGGAGUCGGACGACGGCCUCAACGCGUUGAAGGGCUCGCCGGGCAAGCAGCACGCCAACGCACCCAGCGACACCACUCCGGGCGCUGACCGCUUUGACUACAACAAGAACCCUGUUUCCUGGUAUGUAGAGGACUGGUUCUUCCAGAACCAGAUCAAGUGCGAGGAGGAGUUCCAGGCCCGCAAGGCGGAGCUGCGUGCUGCUGCACGCAAGCAGCUGGACGAGGUGUUCGAGAAGAAGGGCAAGCACCUGAUUGUCGACUCAGACGACGACGACUUCUCCAUCUGCAGCAGCGAGAUCUCCGCCUGGGGCAGCGAUGUGGGCAGCAUCGGCGAGCUGGGGGACCUGGCGCGCGAGUGGCGGGAGGACGCGCACUUCAACGCGCCGGGGGAGGCGAUGCUGCAGCUGGCUCUGGUGGUCGCCACGGGCAUCGCAGCUCACUGCGCCUGGGCGUCUAUGCGAGCGCUGCUGUCUGUCAACCGCUUCUGGGGCAUCAUCAACCACGGCUGGGUGCCGCUGGCGAGCUUCGUGUCAUCCUCAGUGAUGGUGGCGAUUGUAGGGGCCUGCUGGCUGGUGAUGGGGCGCUCGCGAAAGCGCUCAAUCCUAGGUUUCCAGAUUGGGCUGCAGCUGCUGUACGUUGCAACCACCGCGCUGGCGCUGGUCAGCUACACAUUCCCCUCUGAGAUUGAUCACAAGCUCAAGUCCUCUGCCUGCACGCCGCGUGUGGGGGCCGAGGCCGCCGGCUCCCGCCUCUGCCAGUACUUGCCCGCAAUUGAGGACGAGGUCAAGAGCCAUGUGGCAACCCUCCUCCGCGGCUGCAUUGCCGAGGCUGUGGCGUGCGCGCUGUGCCUGGCGCUGAGCAGCUGGUACCUGUGGGAGCUCAGUUUUGUGGAGAAGAAGGCGCUCAAGCUCAAGCGGCGCAGGCGCCACCGCAAGAACAGGGCCAGGUAG